CACUUCAAUACGCUGUUAGCACGAUGAGGGCCAUCGCUAUAUGGGCAUUACUCGUGAUCGAGCUCAUCGAGCUGUGCCUCGCCGUCCCCGGCAAUCCUUCUUACGUCGUCGGCAGGUUUAAGCCGUCAUCUAGAUACGUGUUCUUGAAGCGUGACAACGACAACUUUGACUAUGGAGCCGUGGUUCAACAUUUCAACACAUGCCACCAGUACAAGUUUCUGAUCGACAAGAUUGUCGUCACCACGACGGACGGUGGAAGUGACUAUCCUGCUCGUGGACAUCUUGUGGCUGGAGGCCUCAACCAAUUUUAUUUCGGCUUGAGACUUACUGGUAUUGGCACUACGUUCUAUGCCAUCGAGGUCUGGGUCACCUGGCAGGAGAAGGAGAGGACAGUCACACAGGACACCAUGGUCUCAUUCAGGCUAUUCCAUCCUUGUGCCCACCGUACGUCAGAGGACGAAUAAGGAAUUGCUAACAGUGAAUGAUAUAAAACGCAUGAUCAUUUAAAAAUAUUGUAUUAUUGUAGUAAAUGCAGUAUACUCCAUCUAUUAUUAAUAGAUCUAGGUCGAUUAUUAUCUACUACUGACAUUUUAAACUCUCAUUAUUACAAUUCUUUAAUAUAUAGUAAAAGUAUAUUCCGCCUUAUACAUACCAGAUCUACAUUAAAGUAACAUCGUGUUAGUACCUAAUAAUAAUUUUGAAACUUAAAGUGAUUUGCUUUAGAGCUGUGGGUUUUUUAAAGUAUAACUGAGGAUAACUGAGUAGCUAACAAUAAAAAAUAAAAGCUCAAUUUUCGAAA